GCCGCCGCCGCCAGAAAGCUCCAACAAGGAACAAACUGCAGCGAAACCAUUGCCUCUGAUUUCUGAACACUGCACUACAGGACAUCAAGAUGUCGGGGGCUUCUGUGAAGGUGGCUGUUCGGGUCAGGCCCUUCAAUUCCCGAGAGACCAGCAAAGAAUCCAAAUGUAUCAUCCAGAUGCAAGGCAACUCGACCAGUAUUGUCAACCCAAAGAAUCCCAAGGAAGCGCCAAAGUCCUUCAGCUUUGACUACUCCUAUUGGUCCCAUACCUCAGCUGAAGAUCCCUGCUUUGCAUCUCAGAACCGUGUGUAUAAUGAUAUUGGGAAGGAGAUGCUGCUGCAUGCCUUUGAGGGCUACAAUGUGUGCAUCUUUGCUUAUGGGCAGACUGGAGCUGGGAAGUCCUAUACCAUGAUGGGUAAACAGGAAGAAAGCCAAGCUGGCAUCAUUCCACAGCUCUGUGAAGAAUUAUUUGAGAAAAUCAAUGACAACAGCAAUGAGGAGAUAUCCUACUCGGUGGAGGUAAGUUACAUGGAGAUUUACUGUGAGAGAGUCAGAGAUCUGUUGAACCCGAAGAACAAGGGGAACUUGCGUGUGCGAGAACACCCUUUGCUUGGACCCUAUGUGGAGGACCUGUCCAAACUAGCGGUGACCUCUUACACAGACAUUGCAGACCUCAUGGAUGCUGGGAACAAAGCCAGGACUGUGGCAGCCACCAACAUGAAUGAAACCAGCAGCCGCUCUCAUGCCGUGUUUACGAUAGUCUUCACUCAGAAGCGACAUGACACAGAAACUGACCUUUCUACCGAGAAGGUCAGCAAGAUCAGUCUUGUAGAUCUGGCUGGGAGCGAGAGAGCAGAUUCUACUGGUGCCAAAGGGACUCGAUUAAAGGAAGGGGCAAAUAUCAACAAGUCUCUCACAACCCUGGGGAAAGUCAUUUCAGCUUUGGCAGAGGUGGAUAACUGCACCAGCAAGAGCAAAAAGAAGAAGAAAACAGACUUUAUUCCAUACAGAGAUUCUGUGCUGACGUGGCUUCUUCGGGAAAAUCUAGGUGGGAACUCUAGAACGGCCAUGGUCGCUGCUCUGAGUCCAGCAGACAUCAACUAUGAUGAAACUUUGAGCACUUUAAGAUAUGCGGAUCGUGCCAAGCAGAUCAAAUGCAAUGCUGUUAUCAAUGAAGACCCCAAUGCCAAGCUGGUGCGUGAGCUGAAGGAAGAGGUGACACGGCUCAAAGAUCUCCUGCGGGCCCAAGGGCUGGGAGAUAUUAUUGAUAUUGAUCCAAUGGGAGAUGAUUACUCUGGAAGUGGAGGCAAAUAUCUGAAAGAUUUUCAGAACAAUAAACAUAGAUACUUGCUUGCCUCCGAGAAUCAACGCCCUGGCAAUUUUUCCACAGCCUCCAUGGGGUCCCUCACAGCAUCUCCAUCUUCCUGCUCUCUCAAUAGUCAGGUGGGCUUAACAUCUGUGUCCAGUAUACAGGAGAGGAUCAUGUCUACACCUGGAGGAGAAGAAGCCAUUGAACGUUUGAAGGAAUCUGAGAAGAUCAUUGCAGAGCUGAAUGAGACAUGGGAGGAGAAGCUGCGGAAGACUGAAGCUAUUAGAAUGGAGAGGGAGGCUUUGCUGGCUGAGAUGGGAGUUGCUAUUCGGGAAGAUGGAGGAACACUGGGAGUCUUCUCACCUAAAAAGACUCCUCAUCUUGUGAACCUCAAUGAAGAUCCACUCAUGUCAGAAUGUCUGCUUUAUUACAUCAAAGAUGGCAUCACCAGGGUUGGCCAGGCGGAUGCUGAACGACGACAGGACAUUGUGCUAAGCGGGGCUCACAUAAAAGAAGAACACUGUAUCUUCCGAAGCGAGAGGAACAACAAUGGCAAUGUUAUUGUUACUCUGGAGCCUUGUGAACGGUCGGAAACGUACGUCAAUGGCAAGAGGGUUGUGCAGCCGGUGCAGUUGCGCUCAGGGAAUCGUAUCAUCAUGGGCAAAAAUCACGUUUUCCGAUUUAACCACCCUGAGCAAGCUCGAGCAGAGAGAGAGAAAACUCCAUCAGCUGAGACUCCCUCUGAGCCAGUAGACUGGACUUUUGCACAGAGAGAACUGCUGGAGAAACAGGGCAUUGAUAUGAAGCAGGAAAUGGAGAAAAGAUUACAAGAAAUGGAGAUUUUGUACAAGAAGGAGAAAGAAGAAGCAGACCUCUUGUUGGAGCAGCAGAGGCUGGACUAUGAGAGCAAACUGCAGGCUUUGCAGAAGCAGGUUGAGACAAGAUCCCUAGUUGCUGAGACAACAGAAGAGGAGGAGGAAGAGGAGGAGGUGCCCUGGACACAGCAUGAAUAUGAGCUGGCCCAGUGGGCAUUCAGGAAAUGGAAGUUCCACCAGUUCACUUCAUUAAGGGACCAGCUCUGGGGCAAUGCUGUCUAUCUGAAAGAGGCCAAUGCCAUCAGUGUGGAGUUGAAGAAGAAAGUGCAGUUUCAGUUUGUCCUCCUGACAGACACACUGUACUCCCCUCUACCCCCUGAGCUUCUACCUCCUGAGACAGAGAAGACCCGGGAUAACAGACCUUUCCCUCGGACAGUGGUAGCUGUGGAAGUCCAGGAUCUAAAGAAUGGAGCAACACAUUACUGGUCCCUGGAAAAACUCAAGCAGAGGUUGGAGCUGAUGCGGGAGAUGUAUGACAGGGCUGGAGAGAUGGCAUCCAACACACAGGAUGAGAGUGAGAGUACAAUGACUGGCAGUGACCCCUUCUAUGAUAGAUUUCACUGGUUCAAGCUGGUUGGAAGCUCCCCCAUUUUCCACGGCUGCGUGAAUGAGCGUCUUGCUGACCGCACACCCUCCCCCACUUUCUCCACGGCUGACUCCGACAUCACUGAACUGGCCGAUGAGCAGCAGGAUGAGAUGGAGGACUUUGAUGACGAAGCCUUUGUGGAUGAUACCGGCUCCGACGCUGGAACCGAGGAGGGAUCGGACCUCUUCAAUGAUGGGCACGACCCGUUUUACGACCGGUCCCCCUGGUUCAUUUUAGUGGGAAGGGCAUUUGUAUACCUAAGCAAUCUGCUGUACCCAGUGCCCCUCAUCCACAGAGUAGCGGUUGUCAGUGAGAAGGGGGAAGUGCGAGGAUUCCUGCGUGUGGCAGUGCAGGCGAUAGCAGCUGAUGAAGAAGCCCCAGAUUAUGGAUCUGGCAUUCGGCAGUCUGGCACUGCAAAAAUCUCGUUUGAUAAUGAAUACUUCGAUAAGAGUGACUUUUCUUCAGUUGCAAUGACUCGAUCUGGACUGUCGUUAGAAGAACUGAGAAUUGUGGAAGGGCAAGGCCAGAGCUCAGAGGUCAUCACUCCCCCAGAGGAGAUUAACAGAAUGAAUGAUCUAGACCUGAAGUCAGGCACUUUGCUGGAUGGGAAGAUGGUGAUGGAAGGGUUUACUGAUGAGGCUGGUGACCACCUGAAGCUGGGCAGCGUGUUCACCUUCCGCGUGACAGUGCUGCAGGCCAGUGGCAUCCUACCAGAAUAUGCAGACAUCUUCUGCCAGUUCAACUUUUUACACCGACACGAUGAAGCUUUCUCCACUGAGCCUCUCAAAAACAAUGGCCGGGGGACUCCACUUGGGUUUUACCAUGUUCAGAAUGUUGCUGUAGAAGUGACAGAGUCGUUUGUCGAGUACAUCAAAACCAAGCCCAUUGUUUUUGAAGUCUUUGGCCAUUAUCAACAGCAUCCUCCCCACCUUCAGGGACAGGAUCUCAACAGCCCUCCCCAGCCCUCCCGGCGAUUCUUCCCUCCCCCCAUGCCGCUGUCAAAGCCAGUGCCAGCCACAAAGCUUAAUACGAUGAGCAAAACGAGCCUGGGCCAGAGCGUGAGCAAGUAUGACCUCCUUGUGUGGUUUGAGAUCAGCGAGCUGGAGCCAACGGGAGAAUACAUCCCUGCUAUCGUUGAUCACACUGGAGGCCUACCUUGCCAGGGGACAUUCCUGCUUCACCAGGGAAUCCAGCGAAGGAUCACAGUCACCAUAAUUCAUGAAAAAGGCAAUGAGCUGCACUGGAAAGAUGUGCGAGAGCUGGUAGUUGGGCGCAUCAGAAACAAAGCAGAGGUAGAUGAAGCUGCUGUGGAUGCCAUUCUGUCUCUGAACAUCAUCUCUGCAAAGUACCUUAAGUCAUCUCACAGCUCCAACAGGACUUUCUAUCGUUUUGAGGCUGUUUGGGAUAGUUCCCUGCACAACUCUCUCCUCCUCAAUCGCGUGACACCAUAUGGAGAGAAGAUUUAUAUGACCCUGUCAGCAUACCUGGAGCUUGACCACUGCAUCCAGCCAGCCGUCAUCACCAAGGAUGUCUGUAUGGUCUUCUACUCGCGAGAUGCCAAGAUCUCACCACCACGCUCACUGCGCAGUCUCUUUGGCAGUGGCUACUCCAAAUCGCCAGACUCCAAUCGAGUGACCGGAAUCUAUGAGCUGAGUUUGUGCAAAAUGGCAGAUACAGGAAGUCCAGGGAUGCAGAGGAGGAGGAGGAAAGUCCUGGAUACAUCUGUAGCAUAUGUACGGGGUGAAGAGAACCUGGCCGGAUGGAGGCCCCGUGGUGAUAGCCUCAUUUUAGAGCACCAGUGGGAACUGGAGAAACUGGAGCUGCUGCAUGAGGUGGAAAAGACCCGUCACUUCCUGCUGCUGCGUGAGAAGCUUGGCGACAGCAUCCCCAAGUCCCUGAGUGACUCGCUGUCUCCCAGUCUGAGCAGCGGGACCCUCAGCACCUCUACUAGCAUCUCCUCCCAGAUCUCCACCACAACUUUUGAGAGUGCUGUCACACCCAGUGAAAGCAGUGGCUAUGACUCAACAGACAUUGAGAGCCUGGUGGAUCGGGAGAAAGAGCUGGCCACCAAGUGCCUCCAGCUUCUCACCCAUACAUUCAACCGUGAAUUUAACCAGGUGUACAACAGCAUUAGUGAUUGUAAGCUGUCUGAUAUCUCUCCAAUCGGGCGGGACCCAUCUGUGUCCAGCUUCAGCAGUGCCACCCUUACACCUUCAUCCACCUGCCCCUCUCUGGUAGAUUCAAGAUGCAAUUCAAUGGAUCAGAAGACUCCAGAAGCAAAUUCCCGCGCCUCCAGCCCAUGCCCCGAGUUGGAACAAUUUCAGCUGGUCCCAGCAGUGGAAACCUCCUAUCUGGCCAGAGCUGGAAAGAAUGAAUUCCUGAACCUUGUUCCUGACAUUGAGGAGAUCAGACCAGGCUCUGUGGUCUCCAAGAAGGGGUACCUCCACUUCAAGGAGCCGCUGUCCGCCUCCUGGGCCAAGCACUUUGUGGUGGUUCGCCGUCCGUACGUCUUUAUUUACAACAGCGACAAAGACCCUGUGGAGAGGGGGAUCAUCAACUUGUCUACGGCACAGGUGGAGUACAGUGAGGAUCAGCAGGCAAUGGUGAAGACACCCAACACCUUUGCAGUAUGCACGAAGCACCGCGGGGUCCUGCUCCAGGCCAUCAACGACAAGGACAUGAACGACUGGUUAUAUGCCUUCAAUCCUCUUCUCGCUGGAACAAUACGGUCGAAACUGGCCCGAAGACGCACGGGCCAGAUGAAGUACUGAGUCCAUGUAAUGUUCUCCCCCGUUCUCUCUAACGCGCCUUCAGAUAGAUAAAGUGUUACCUCUCAUUUCUCUUUGUGAUUCUUGACGGUUUCUCUUGUAUGUAAUCCUGUGGCUUAACUCUCCCUUCCUCCCCCAGCCCCUUGGCACUUUUUCUAGCUAUUCUAACCCCCCUGUUUUUCUUUCCACCUGCGCUGAGAAUUCUACUAGUAGCAUGUGGCCAAACAAAAAGGAAAAAAAAAACCUGGAAAAGGGACGCGGCAAUUAUGCACAACUUCAAACAGAAACCAAGUGAUUUCUUUCUGUUUUUUUUCCUUAAAAGGGUUGGUUUCCCAUCCUGACUGACUGCGUGGUGUCUCUACCACUGUCCUCAGUGUUGUCUGUCUGUCUGAAGCGCUUUAGGUUUAUUAUUUAUUUGUCUUCGUGGUAACCACAAUACUGCCCUCAGGACAUGGGUCGUAGGCUAAGGAAAGCGAUUCCUUCUAAGUGUCAAGACAUGGCAUUACCCAGGUGCAAACUGCAGCAGUUCCUCAGACUUUCUGGGUCCUGCCUAACUGGAUUCCUUGUGGAAGCUGGCACAUAAGAAAAGGCCUCCUGUCCAGGGUGGACUUCGCACUUGUCUAGGAAUUUGGGUUCCAGUGGGAGAUGAAGGAGCUUCUGGUGCUGCACAGGGCCAAAGCAAUAUCUGCUGCUAUGUAGAGCAAGGGGAGGAGGAGCAGAGUCAGAGGUGUAGCAACUGGCUGGAAGGAACUUCUGCUUGGGCUCUUGCAGUGGGUGGGGGUGGUCAGUGGGCACUUUCUAGCUAGGUAUCUUCCUAAGCAUGAGCUCCCGCUGU